ACACGGCCAUCCUCUCCCCGUCCACCGCUCACACACGCAGCCGUUUCUGCAGGACUGGGACCGGGGACCGGGACCAGGGACCGGGACCAGCUCUAGCUCUGCACCCCCCGCGGCUCGGAGCCCUCGCAGCCCUCGGAGCCCGCAGGCCGCUGCAGCGCGGAGGGUUUCCCGCGGAGCCGGCGUCGUGCUGCGUUCGUCUGCAGAGAUCCCUGCGCGGAGCAAACAUGGCGACUCCAGCUGCGGUCACCCCCCCGGAAAUGGGCAGUGAGUUGCCAGGUACGGUUCCUAUGCCUGGAGCGGUGGGGUCCAGCCAAGUGAGGAUGGGAGGAACGGUGCCAGGCCGGGGGGGCAAGAGGAGAUCAGGAGGAAUGGACUUUGACGAUGAGGAUGGAGAGGGGCCGAGCAAAUUCUCAAGGUAUGAUGAUGAUCAGGUUCCUGGUGGAGAUAAGGAGAGAUAUGCCAGAGAGAACCACAGUGAGAUUGAGCGCCGCCGCCGCAACAAGAUGACCCAGUACAUAACGGAGCUGUCGGACAUGGUCCCGACCUGCAGCGCCCUGGCCCGGAAGCCCGACAAGCUGACCAUCCUGCGCAUGGCCGUGUCCCACAUGAAGUCCAUGAGGGGAACUGGAAAUACGUCCACCGAUGGUGCCUACAAGCCGUCCUUUCUGACUGAACAGGAACUGAAGCACCUGAUCCUGGAGGCAGCGGACGGCUUCCUGUUUGUGGUGGCGGCGGAGACGGGCCGUGUCAUCUACGUGUCGGAUUCGGUGACGCCGGUGCUGAACCAUCCCCAGUCAGAGUGGUUUGGCAGCACUUUGUACGAGCAGGUCCACCCCGACGACGUGGACAAGCUGAGGGAGCAGCUCAGCACCUCAGAGAACUCCAUGACAGGACGGAUUCUGGACCUGAAAACAGGAACUGUCAAGAAGGAGGGUCAGCAGUCCUCCAUGAGGAUGUGCAUGGGCUCCAGACGCUCCUUCAUCUGCCGUAUGAGGUGUGGCAGUGCCCCUCUGGACCACAUCUCUCUGAACCGUCUGUCCAACAUGAGGAAGAGAUACAGGAAUGGUCUUGGACCAACCAAGGAAGGAGAAGCUCAGUACUCUGUGGUGCACUGUACCGGAUACAUCAAAGCCUGGCCCCCCGCAGGUAUGACCAUACCAGAGGAGGACACGGAGUCGGGUCAGACGGGGAAGUACUGCCUCGUGGCCAUCGGGAGGCUGCAGGUGACCAGUUCUCCGGUCUCCAUGGACAUGAACGGCCUUUCGGUUCCUACAGAGUUCCUGUCCCGUCACAACUCGGAUGGAGUCAUCACAUUUGUCGACCCGCGCUGCAUUAACGUCAUUGGUUACCAACCUCAGGACCUGUUGGGGAAAGAUAUCCUGGACUUUUGUCAUCCUGAAGACCAAAGUCACCUAAGAGAAAGUUUCCAACAGGUGGUGAAGCUGAAGGGACAGGUGCUGUCAGUCAUGUAUCGUUUCCGGAUGAAGAGCAGAGAGUGGAUGCUCAUCCGAACCAGCAGUUUCACUUUUCAGAACCCGUACUCGGACGAGAUCGAGUACAUCAUCUGUACCAACACCAACGUCAAGCAGCUCCAGCAGCAGCAGGCAGAGCUGGAGGUCCAGCAGAGAGAAGGUCUGACGGCCUACGACCUCUCCCAGGUCCCAGUGGCCGGCGUCAGCAGCGGAGUCCACGAGCCGGCCAAGUCCAUCGACAAAACGGAAGCGCUGUUUUCCCAGGAGAGAGACCCCCGCUUCACGGAGAUGUACACCGGCAUCUCCGGAUCGGGAGACAAGAAGAUGAUGGUUCCGUCCUCCACGGCCGGAGGACAGCCGCUCUACUCCCAGAGCUCCCCCUUCCAGCAGGGACACUCAGGGAAGAGCUUCAGCUCCUCGGUGGUCCACGUCCCCAGCGUCAGCGACAUCCAGCCGUCCGGCUCGUCCAAUCAGAGUCUGGCUCAGAUCGGCAGACAGAUCAACACCGGCCAGGUGGCCUGGUCCGGAAACCGCCCGCCCUUCUCUGGACAGUCCAGUAAAGCCCAGUCCAGUCCCUUCGGGAUGGGUUCUGGCCACAGCUACCAGACGGACCCGGCCUCCUACAGCCCCCUGUCGUCCCCGGCAACCUCCUCCCCCAGCGGCAACGCCUACUCCGGCCUGAGCAACCGCAGCACAGCCUUUGACGUGUCGGCAGACAGCAGUCAGAGCGGGGCCCAGUUCCAGGGCCGGCCCAGCGAGGUCUGGUCCCAGUGGCAGAACCAGCACCACUCCCAGCAGGCCGGGGAGCAGCACGGACACGCCAACCCCAGCCAGACCGAGGUCUUCCAGGACAUGCUGCCCAUGGCGGGAGAUCCCACCCAGGGAACGGCCAACUACAACAUCGAGGACUUUGCUGACCUCGGCAUGUUCCCCAACUUCUCCGAGUAGUCCCCGCCCUCCGCCCUCCGGCCCCGCUCCGCCCU